GGGUCUGUUAUAAUGUUUAAGGUGAUCAGGGGGUCCAUAAUUAAUAAUAAUUGCAAAUAUGUUUCAUUUAUUUUUAUCAAUGUUACUCUUAUAGAAAAUGCGAAAUAAACGGAAUUUGGUGGAAUAACAGCAACUCUGGGAAACACGAGUUUGCCAAGUCCAAUUAUCAGCCAUGUGUUUCACAAGAAGUACUAGAGAUGCACAAUAUUAAAGAAGACAUCCACGAUAUGAAUGUCGAAAGAAUCAAGCUUGUUAUGUAUGUCUACAUGAGUGGUUAUGCCGUGUCCAUUUUCCUGCUGAUCAUCGCCUUGGUCAUUUUUGGUUUGUUCAAGCAGCUUCAUUGCAGUCGAGUCACAAUACAUUCCAAUUUGUUCAUCUCCUAUAUCCUCAGUGGCUCUAUGUGGAUUGUAUUUUAUUCCGAGAUGUCAUUAAGCAACGUUUCCAUUGAAUCGAGACCGACUUGGUGUUAUGUUUUACACGCCUUCACACAAUACACAACGCUCUGUAAUUAUGCCUGGAUGCUGUCAGAGGGUAUAUUCCUACACUUUUGUUUGGUUCACGUAUUCUCUGAAAAAAAGAAAUUGCUUAUUACAUGCUGUGUCGUUGGAUGGGUUGCACCAAUCUUUUUUACUGCUGUGUAUUGCGUGGUGCGCAUCAUUGACGGGGAGAAAGAAAAUCACGGGUGUUGGUUGGAAAUUCAAUGGUCGUUUUGGAUUCUUUUAGUGCCUAUCAUUAUAUCUUUAUUGCUCAACCUGAUCUUCCUUAUCAAUAUUUUGAGAAUCAUAUUAUCAAAGAUACGAUCUUUCAACCAGAGAGAUUCCAACCAGUUCAGAAAAACCGUUCGCGCCAUCUUUAUACUCGUUCCUUUGCUGGGGUUACAGUAUAUACUAAUGCCACUGAACAACGACUCAUUUAUUUACAAGAUCACUGUCGCAGUAGUGACAUCCUAUCAGGGUGCAGUUAUUGCCGUGCUGUUUUGCUUUCUCAAUGGCAAGGUUAUAAAUCUUAUUAAAAGAAAAAUAAGAACAAAACAAUGGCAUACUGGUUCACAACGUCUUCCACAAAGAAGUUCUCUUAGAUCGAGCUCAAGAAAAAGCAAUUCAUCCAAGAAGGAGGAAUAUGAAUUAAAUGAUAACAAGGGUUCACGAGCUGCAUUCCUACCAAUAAAGACAUAUGGAAUCGAACACUGAUUGUCAUCUCCCUCGGGAGAUGACACAUUAAGAUUGUAUGCCGGAAGUGAAGUCCUAGUGUAAGCCUCCAUUAAUCUUUCGGGAGUCCUCGAUGUUUUACAGAGUUCCAA